CAAUGGGCGGCGGGGGCGUGUCGCGAGCGGAGCGGCAGCGGCCUGGCCCGGACGCGCAGCGCGGCGCAGCUCUCACCCUGCCAAGCGGCCGAGGGCCCCGUCCCAGCGCAGCACCAUGAACAUCUUCGACCGGAACAUCAACUUCGAUGCCGUCUUCAAGUUCUCCCACAUCUCAGCUUCCACCCAGGAGCACCUGAAGAGGGUUUAUUCCAGCUUCGCUCUCUGCAUGUUCGUGGCAGCUGCAGGUGCCUACAUCAACGUGAUGACCCACCUCGUGCAGUUCAGCCUCCUGACCGGCCUGGGAGCGCUGGGGCUGAUGAUGUGGCUGACGGCCACCCCGCACAGCCGGGAGACGGAGCAGAAGAGGCUGGGGCUGCUGGUGGGCUUCGCCUUCCUGACAGGCAUCAACCUGGGGCCUCUCCUGGAAAUGUGCAUCUCCAUCAACCCCAGCAUCAUCCCCACAGCCUUCCUGGGCACCGCUGCCAUCUUCACCUGCUUCUCGCUCAGCGCCCUGUACGCCCGGCGCCGCAGCUUCCUCUACCUGGGAGGUUUCCUUCUGUCUGGCCUCACCCUGAUGCUUCUGUCCUCCGUGGUUAACGCCUUCAUGGGAUCCGCCUGGCUCUUCACGGCCAACCUGUACCUGGGGCUGAUGGUCAUGUGUGGCUUCGUGCUGUUCGACACGCAGCUCAUCAUCGAGAAGGCUGAGAGCGGGGACAAGGAUUACAUCUGGCACUGCGUCGAUCUCUUCCUCGACUUCGUGGACAUCUUCCGGGAGCUGCUGAUGAUCCUGGGCAUGGCCGAGAACAAGAAGAAGAAGGAGAAGAAGUGAAGCAGCCCCGGGCCGUGGUGGAGCCGCCCCCUCCCCGCCCCUUCCCCUCUCCAUUAAAGGGGUCGUUGCUUUGCUGCCCACCAGCAGCUCAGAAGCUGGGUUUUUUUGCUCCUUUUGGGUUUUUCCUCUUCGUUUCCCGCUUUUUCCCGGUUGUUUUUGGUUAAAAACCAGCCCACUUGUGGAUCCCGCCGCGGUUCUGCUCCUCCCCCUUCGCCCGCCCCCCCGCGCCCACCCCCUCGGGAUUGUUGCAACACCGCGAUAGAGGUUUCUCACCAGGUGUAGCCCCCCCUCGCCUCCCCUCUGCCCACCGUGAUGGUUUUGGGACGGGGGAGGGGAAGCAGCGGGGACCCCCUGAAGCCAAAAACCUCCGCGAGGAGCCUCAUUCCGCACCAGUGCCAAGAAACCCGAGGGGAGGGACACGUGGGGCUGCGCGAGCAGCCGCGGGUGCGAUGGGUUUGGGCUCUGAGCUCUUUCCUUCCCCUCCCUCCCUCCCUCCCCCAGCGCCGACGGCUCUUUGUACACCGGGACGAGUCAAUAAAACACUCAAGAGUUGAA